AUGGCUGAUCCCAAGCGUGCUAAGAGGAUUUUGGCUAAUAGGCAAUCGGCUGCGCGUUCGAAGGAACGCAAGAUGCGAUACAUUUCAGAGCUAGAACACAAGGUUCAAACUCUGCAGACUGAAGCCACUACACUCUCUGCACAACUUACUCUGUUGCAGAGAGAUUCUGUUGGACUUACUAACCAGAAUAGCGAGUUGAAGUUCCGUCUUCAAUCCAUGGAACAGCAGGCAAAACUCCGUGAUGCUCUGAAUGAGGCCCUUACUGCCGAGGUUCAAAGACUGAAGAUUGCUACAGCUGAGUUGAAUGGGGAGUCACAUCCUUCUAACUGCAUGAUCCCGCAACAUUCUGUCAACCCUAUGAUGUUCCAACAACAGCAUCAGCCUCCUACAUCCCAACAAAACAUUCAUAUUCAACAGCAACAACAGCAGAAUGGUAAUGCCAACUCAAAAAAACGACUUAAAGCAAUAGGUUGGGUUUGA